AUGUUUGAAUCAAGUAUCGAAGACUAUCUCAACAAUACCACGUAUACAGACUGGUCUAUUCUUUCGAUUUUAGAACAUGUGGACUCCAAGAAGAAAAUUUAUAUCGAUGAUAUUGGUGACCUCAAAUAUGCUAUUUAUAGCUCGUUGCGACGCUACAGACGGCGAAAGAAUAUUCUAUCAAGGGUUAACACAAAGUUGGAGAGACUUUUGAAAAACUACGAUAAAACAUUUGGUGCACCAAAAGUCAAACUGUUCUUGAAUCACCUCAGAAUAAGAGAAGACGAGGAGGACCUGCAAGUUUCAGUACGACGAAAUAUGACAGCCACAUACACUGUUGAAGCACUUAAAGACUACCACCGCAACAAGAAUACAGAGAGGCAGCUGCAGUCGGAAGAUAUUGACCAUACGGAAACACUGAACAAUGCCCCGCUGCAAAAUACUCUGGAUGGUGAGCUAGACAAUAUGUUAGAUGAGAACAUCCAAAGAUUAGCAAGAAAGAGACGAGGUGAAGAACUGCCUUCAACACCACCAAAUAAGAUCAGAACAUUUAAUGUGGAUGCUUUUCAACGAGAGCAAAAUUCAUCAUCCUAUUACGGAGAGUCUGAUUCUGACUCUGGUCCUGAAGUCGUGAAAAGCAUUCCGCUUACGAAUGUCUUUCUGGAUGUUUCUCCUUUUGAACAACAAACAUCAGCCAUUUCCGUUGAGUCUGUUGAUAUAGAUGAAGUUGGUACCGAUUCAAGCCUAUCCUUGGUGUCAGAAAAAGAUGGAAAGCAAAAACUAAUCAGAAAAUAUAUUGGACACGACUUAGCGGACGAAGUCUUAAGCUCAUAUAAGAUACGAGUCAUGCCGG